AUGUUGAGCAAUUUGAAAGAAUCCACUGAGAGCAGCAGGACAUUCUUCUAUUACGCCCUGAUUUUUCUCACUGGUGCUUCUAAGGCAGCUGCUCUCUAUGCUGCCUAUGACGUUCUCGCAUACUACCACACCCUUUCCUUUUUAUUUUUUAUAAAAUUAAGUUUCGUUGUUGAGUACAUUGUUCAUCCGCUCGACUUCACCCGCCAAGCUGAGGGUGUGCACAAAAGUCUUCUUAUCCAUCGUAUAUAUGAAUUCUUCAUAUACUGUGGACUCUCCGAUCACAAGACCGGCGCUAUGUUGCUUAUACUAGCUGCCUGCUUCGAAUCCGCUUUUCACAACUUUUCUCGCGGUCUAGCUGCUGAUAUUGGUGGAGCAAAGAGGCUUCAUGCCCUUUCAACAUGUGUUUCCGUUGUCCCUGUCAGUAUCCUCAUUUUCCUUGAAUGGAUAUAUGGAACGGUCUUCAUACACAAUACUUCGUCUGAUGUGCCGUCGCCAGGAGAAUCGUCGCAACUUUACUAUCUAAGCGUCAUGGCUGCUAUUGGUUUGGCAAUGGUUGCUGAAUUUUACUGCCAGCAUUUUGUCGCCAACAAGAUUGGACCACAUAAAGUGGCAGUGAUGGGCUAUGAAACAAUCGUAUUAACGGCUCUGUUCAUCAGCCUUUGUAUAACAAAGCCUGCCCCGCUCGAAGUAGACUUGGAUAUCGGUCAUAUCAGGGGUGCUGUUUUUGGCCACUCAGCCCGACCGUCGCAUUAUCUCUCCACAGGUGUCAUUGUCGGCAUGCUUUCAAUGCUAUAUGCUUCCUCUCUGUUGAACCAGUCGACCGUUAAUGCGCAUGACCGCCUUCUCAGCCGACACUUUGUCGGAUUCUCGGCUGCCGGUCUUCCCCUUUACACCACUCAACCUUCAGCUUCUAGCUACACUAGGGACAGUGUUUCUGGACUAAGUCGUCAUGCCUUUUCCAUCCUGAAACAGGUCGUGGCCGAUCGGGCCUCCUUCCGCAUCUUUGUCUUUCUUUGUCUAAAUUUGUCUUUCACCUUCGUUGAACUCAUCUAUGGAGUUUGGACAAACAGCCUGGGCCUCAUCUCCGAUGGUUUUCAUAUGCUUUUCGACUGUGCAGCUCUGGUUAUGGGCUUGUAUGCUUCUGUUGUGGGACGAUGGAAACCGGAUCGAAUCUUCUCUUACGGGUGUGUUUUACCUAUAACAAUUAUAAUUUUCCGUGAUGCUUCUAGCAAAAUUUUGUCUGUUUCGUUAUCUGUUGCCUUUUGCAUGCAAUUGUGCCGUCCAAAUCAAAUUUCAACCCGCGGGUCGCAUCUUGCUCCCCCUGACGUGCCUGUCCUCCGGCAACGAAACGGUGUUCAUUGCGGUCUGUCUGUUCGGCACAUGAUAUCUCAGACAACGAUUUCAAUCAUCCUUUAUCGCAGACAGGUGCAUAAUGUACCACCCUAA